AUGGGAGGCAGGAAGUUGAGGGUGGCCACCAUGUGCAGUGGUACAGAGUCCCCUUUGCUCGCUCUUGGGCUGAUCUCGAGGGAGAUGAAGGUCGCCUAUGGGGUCCCGUUCGAUGUUGAACACGUGUUUAGUUGCGAGCUCGAGCCUUACAAGCAGGCCUACAUCGAGCGAAACUUUGCUCCACCCAUCUUGUUCCGAGACGUUACCGAGCUAGGCAACGAGUAUGCCACGACGGCUUAUGGAGCUUCGGUCAAGGUGCCCGGGAACGUCGAUCUGCUCGUCGCGGGUACGAGUUGUGUGGAUUAUUCCAACUUGAACAACCAAAAGAAGGGCCUUGAGCAAAAGGGAGAGAGUGGAAAUACCUUCCGAGGGAUGUACAACUGGGUGUCGAACCACCGACCAGCGAUUGUCGUGCUCGAGAACGUAUGCUCAGCUCCCUGGGGACAGGUAGCGGAAAAGUUUGAGCAGAUUGGGUAUUCUGCCGUCCCGCAAAGGUUUGACACUAAAGACUUUUACAUCCCUCACACCCGUACUCGAGGUUACUUAGUCGCCUUCCGUCAACCCGAAUGGCCGAAAAAGGUCGGCAGCAAGUCUGCAGUCAACCACUUGCCGGAUUUGUGGGUCGACAUGGUGAUUUCGAUGCAGAGACCCGCUUCGUCGCCCCUCGAAGCCUUCUUGCUCCCACCCAACGAUCCUCGUCUCCAUCAAGGUCGGCUCGAACUCGCCGCUGCGAAAGGGCUCGGGAAAGCCCGUGCGCCUACUGAUUGGGGACGUUGUGCCUCACGACACGAAAAAUGUCGAUUCGAGGAAGGUCUGGGUACCAAGCGGCCCUGGACCGACUGGAGGGAUGGAGCGAUCUGUAACUUCCCAGAAGGUUACUGGAAUGAUUGGGCGAAUGCGCAAACGGAGCGUGUGCAGGAUUUGACCGAUGUCAGCCAUCUGAGGGCCGCCAGGAGUGGGUUUGACGCAGCGUUCAGGACGCUCGUGUGGAACCUCUCUCAGAACGUCGAUCGAGAGAUCGGUUCAGCAAAGCGACCUGGUAUCGUCCCUUGCAUGACCCCCACCAUGAUUCCCUACGUGACCAAUCGAGGUGGACCUCUCAUCGGGAUCGAAGCCCUUGCCUUGCAAGGUAUUCCGGCCGAUGAGCUCUUGCUCACGCGGGAGACUGAGGAUCAACUUGCCGAUCUUGCCGGAAACGCCAUGUCCUCUACCGUCGUCGGAACCUGCAUGGUAGCAGCCAUCAUCCUCGCCACAAAGUAUCUCGACGGUGUGGAAGACGGUAUGGAGGUUGACCAGGAGACCGAGGUCGUUGAUGCUGCAAUCGCCGCUGUUGGCGACGAGCUGGAAGACAGGAUCAUCGGCCAAGACCAGCUCACUACCAAGACACUGGAUCUAGCCAAGCUUUCCGACAUCUCGGUUCAGGAAGUGCUAGAGGAAGCGGUCAAGAGCUCCCGGUACUGUAUUUGCGAAGGGCCAACAGGCACGUCCAAGGAAUCGACCUUGCUCUGUGAAGCCUGUCAACACACUCGAUGCGAGGGGUGUAGCAUUCGUCCGUUGCACGAGUAUGUGCCACAUCCUCACUCUGCUGCCCGGAUCGACGCCAUGACCUUUGCCCGUCGGUUGAAGAGUGUAUUGCCGAUGCGAAUCGAGGUUACCGGCUUCCAGCAACAAGAUCUCGAUGCCGCGAAAGCAUCCACAAAAGCAUCAAUCGAUCUGAAAGACUGGUCUCUUUGGUCGAACCUGGUCGUCAAGAGCUUGGCUGACACAGAAUUCCACUUCAAGUCCCUCGAUCGCAAGCACCAGUGGAAUGCCAUCUACGACGCUCCAUGCGCUAGCCUCAGGCUGACAUUGAACAAGGACAAGGCUGUUUGGCUUCUUUUCGUCAAGGCUCCAGAGACCGACAAUGCGAAUGCGCGUCGACGCAAGCUUGUAGCGCAUCCCGUCGCAAGGCUGCUCGUCGAGCCGACGGCCAAGAAUCUCCUGGACGGAAAGUGGUCGUUCCAGCUGCCUUCGGUCGAAAAGCUGAAGCUGCAGAUCAAGGGAAGUGGUGAACUGGUCCCAGCUUGGGAAGCCAGAAUCGGGCUUCAGCAGCUACCGCUUCAAGACGCCAAAGGCAAUUCGGUUGACAAGGUAGACUGGCAAGGGAAGAAGCAGUGGUCGCAGCUGCAGAUCUCCUAUCAAGACGAGGAGCACCCGAAGUUGGACGUCGACAUUGCGGGCACCUACGAUCUGCAUUCCAACUGCGGUACGGCAAUGGAAUGCUUGCACAUCAAGCAAGGAGAACCGAACGUUUCGUUCUUCCUUGAUCCGGUUCGAGUUGGUUUCUCAGGAGACGAUCCAUUCGUAUUCGCUUUGGACCACGAAAGACUUGAUUACGAUCAAGAACGAGUGGCCAUUGCCAAGCUCGAUCCGAAAUGGAGACCCACGCCAACGGAUCUCAUGUCUUCUAUGACGGUCAAGGCAGAGGUACACGGGACAUGGCUUCCUGCAGAGUCUGCUUCAAUGGCACCGAUCGACGACAGUAUGGCCGAAGGCGAAGGAGCAACUUGCGCAAUUCCAGAGAAAGCGCUUACUUUGGAUGUCGGUGGCGAUGCCUGCUUACAUGCGAAUGCUCUCUUGGUCUGCAAGGUCCCACUGCCUCACGCAGAAGCUGAACAACUUUGGAGCAGCGUACAAGGUCUUUGGGGAGAGAUUGAGCUACAACACAAAGGCAAGCAGGCUUUCGAGGCACUUGCUUGGAUCACCGAGCGAUUGCCUGCCCUAGACACCUUGAAGCAAUGGGCGUCGGUACCGCUCGGCGAUCUGCACCAUGACGAUGAGAAGACCUGUUGCACUCGCUGUGCUCCUUCUCCGCCGGAAUUAAGCUGGAUGAUGCGUAUGAACAGGCUUGUUCCGGUAGAAGAUGUCGUCCAGGCAGGCGAGUAUGAGCGUGCUCUCAAACGACGACCGGCACCAAUGGUGGCCCAGAUGCGGCUGGACGGAUCUGUCGGGACCAUACAGAUUGGUCUCAACAUCGCUACGCUCUUGCAUAGAGCGCUGUCUCGGUUGCCCUCCUUCGGACGAAUUCAGUCUCCGGACUUGGCCUGGAGGUUGCAAACUGAUUACCAAGCGGUCGAGACUGCUUUCUUCCGCCCGCCUAAGCUCGACCUCAAGUCGAAUCGACACGAUGCCGAGGCGUCUCAACCACCAAAUUUCGGUACCAAGGCUAAAGACCCAAAGCUCAGGCCGGAACAGCUCCGAUCUUUAACUUGGAUGCUGCAACAAGAAGCCGAAAAAGAUCACUCUUUCGUCGAAGAAGAGGUGGCGGAGGCCACUUUGGGACCCCUCGGCUGGAGAGCUGAAGGUAGGGCGUCUCGAAAAGUAAUGGUCCGAGGUGGUGUUCUGGCCGAUCAAGUCGGAUACGGAAAAACGGCAAUCUCCCUAGGUCUGAUCGAUACAUCGAAACAUGUCGACGAGCACGCCCUUCCUGAGGUACCGCGACCCGGGCGUAUUGCUACCAAAGCAACCUUGAUUGUUGUGCCUGCGCACUUGACCAAGCAAUGGGAGGGAGAAAUCCACAAGUUCUUGCGUCGAAAAGAAUACCGCGUCGUAAAGCUGCUGGAUCUCACCUCGAUCAACUCGGUCAGCAUUCGCGAUAUCGAAAAGGCGGAUAUCGUCAUCGUCGCGUUGACCAUCUUCAAGAGCCAGCUCUAUUGGUCGAAUUUGGCAGGUUUUGCUGCCUCUGGGAGUCUUCCACAGGGAGAUCUGGCUACGCGUCACUUCGUAUCGCGACUCGAUCAGAUCUUAGAGGGCCUCGAUGCUCAGGUCAACUUGCUUCAAGAGGAAGACGGGCCCAAGCAGGUCUCGAAAAAUAUCAAGCAGUCUCUGGCAGAAGUGGCGGCGGAAAGGAAAGAAGCCAAAGAUACCAAGGACGCUUUCAUCAUGACCUUUGGCAAGAAGCGACUGACGGGCGCGGCUUACUUGGCUAUGCAGGAGGGAGAUGUGCCCGCACCCAAAGCCAAGAAGGCAAAAGCUGAAAAGAAGGACGAGCGUGAAUCCAAUGACCCUUGGAACCUCAACAACAAGGAUGUUCGCGACAACUACCACAAGAUGCGCUCGCCUCCCUUGCACAUGUUCAGGUUCAAUCGUGUCAUCAUCGAUGAAUUCACUUAUGUGGAUCAGCGAUGCUUGUCUGCUGUAACCAAGCUCGAAUCCAUCAGCACUUGGGUUUUGUCCGGGACACCUCCUGUCUCUGACUUUACGGCCGUCAAGGGAAUUGCCGAUUUCCUUCACGUCCACUUGGGCGUGGAUGACGACACCGAGGGAACCGCCGAGACGACAAAACGGCGCCAGAAAGGUCAAACUGCGGCGGAAGCCUUCCACUCGUUCCGGGAGACGCACACUGCAUCCUGGCACGCCGCUCGUUAUGGAGUCGCGCAGCGAUUCUUGGACACCUUUGUCAGGCAGAACGUCGCCGAGAUCGGGGAGAUUCACUCGGAAGAAAGGGUGGUUUCUAUCACCCUCCCCGCCGCCGAGCAUGCCAUCUACCUCGAGCUUGAUCAUCACAUCCACUCGCUUCAGGGCAUGACAAAGAAGAUCAUGAAAUCGGCAAAGGGAGCUCGCGCCGAUCGACAGAUUCGUCUAUCCGACGCACUCGGCAACUCGGCGGAUCCUCGAGAAGCCCUGAUCAAGCGAUGUGCGCACUUUGACAUGGAAUCGGAAGGUAGCGCACACGACGCUUUUGAAGCCUGCGAGCGGAUCGUCUCGACCCGUACCAAGCAACGCACUUUGUGCGAAGAGGACUUGCAUUACACCAUCGCCGAAGCCCUUGAAUUGUUCCUCUACAUCCGUGAUGUCAAGAAAGGUUACCGGGACCCCAAGACUGGAGAACAAGAGCGUAAGACAAUGCAUUUUGCCGAAUACCUGAAGACCACCUUUGGCGAGGCCGGUAACGGAGACGACGAGGCGACCAUGCUACACCGCAAAAUCCUGAAGGAGGAGGGUUGCGAGUGGGCGAACGGGGAUAUCAAGGUCGACAAGGCCAAACACCAAGCGGUCAUCAAGAGCCGCAAACCCCGUGAAGAUGAAGACGGGAGUACCAAGAUGAACACCAAGCUAAAGGAGGACGAGAUGAAGUGGCAAUUGCGUGAGAAGAGUCACGUAUUGCGAAGAUUGGCGAAUGAGCUCGUCGGGCGAACCCGGUCUUUGCGAUACUUCACCGCUGUGCGAGAUGUGCAGAGGAACGGUGACGCGGCUAUCAAGCCCUGCAUCAAGUGCGAAGGCAAAUCGGGCAGUGAGCCUUGCAUUCUCUCUGCCUGUGGUCAUACUGGCUGCUUGGCGUGCUUGACACCGCUGGCCACUCAUGGAUUUGAAUGUCCACACGAGGGCUGUAGGAUUAACCUCGAGACACAUCAGGUUAUUCCUACCAAAACGCUCGGUCGAGAGGAAAAGAGCGGUCGUUUCGGUGCCAAACUACUUCAACUUGUCGCCAUCAUCAAGCACAUCGAGGCCCAAGAUUCGACGGAUCGAAUCUUGGUGUUCGUGCAGUUCGACGACCUGUUGAACAAGAUUAGAUUGGCUCUCAAGAAGGCACGAAUUGGGACUAUCGUCAUUGAAGGUUCCGCAUCCAAACAAGCCAAUGAGCUGGAUCGAUUCCAAAAGCUGGAUGUGGAUGACCCCAAGGCUGAGCGUGUCCUCAUCUUGAACGUUGCGGCAGCGAGCGCUUCUGGAGCAAACUUGACAUUGGCGAAUCACGUCAUCUUUGUGCACCCGGUUCACUACCCUGAGGCGAGCAACGACCGGUUCAUCGCCACUGAGACGCAAGCGAUCGGACGAAUCAGACGAUACGGACAGGAGAAGCGAUGUCAUAUCUGGCGAUUGUUGACCAGCAACGCCGUCGACGAAAAGAUCAUGACGGAGAGGACCGGUGUCAAACCGGUCGGCAAUUGGAAUGCUAUUGAGGGCAACGGCUUAGACAAUGCCAUCGAAGUUGACGAGAGUGAUGGCGGCGAGCCCGAGGAGAAGACGACUGGUAAACGCAAGGCUGCUGCCAAAGCCGGAACAAAGCGCAAGGUGGUCGAGAUCAGCGAUGACGAAGGCAGUGCCGCCGAGUCUUGGGUCGAAUCGGACUAG